UGCAUUUGUAACAUUAUAAUCAACGUACACUAAUACACACGCACAUUGAAUUAAAAUAUGGGUAGCCUCCACACCGACGUCGUGCUCGAAGCGAACAACAACAACGGUGCGUUCGGCGCAAACAACCCUCUGGAGCCGGAGGAGUUCCGGCGACAGGCGCACGUGAUGGUGGACUUCCUGGCCGACUACUACCGCGACGUGGGGUCGUACCCGGUGCGCAGCCAGGUGGAGCCCGGGUACCUGAGCAAGGUCCUGCCCGGGUCGGCCCCCAACCAGCCGGAGUCGCUGGACGCCAUCCUGCGGGACGUCCGCGAGCACAUCGUCCCGGGGCUCACGCACUGGCAGAGCCCCAGCUACUUCGCCUACUUCCCCUCCAGCGGCAGCACCGCCGGGUUCCUCGGCGAGAUGCUCAGCACGGGCUUCAACGUCGUCGGCUUCAACUGGAUGUCGUCGCCCGCCGCCACCGAGCUCGAGAGCAUCGUCAUGGACUGGCUCGGCGGCAUGCUCGCCCUCCCCAGGCCCUUCCUCUUCUCCGGCGGCGGCGGCGGGGUCCUGCAGGGCACCACCUGCGAGGCCAUCCUCUGCACGCUCACCGCCGCCCGGGACCGGAUGCUGGGCAGGGUCGGACGGGAGCACAUCGGGAGGCUCGUCGUCUACGGCUCCGACCAGACCCACUGCGCGCUGCAGAAGGCGGCCCAGAUCGCCGGCAUCCACCCGGCGAACUUCCGCGCGGUGAAGACGCGCCGGGAGGACCACUUCGGGCUGUCGCCCGCGGAGCUGCGCAGGGCCGCGGACGCCGACGAGGCCGCGGGGCUGAUCCCGCUGUUCCUGUGCGCGACGGUCGGGACGACGUCGUCGACGGCGGUGGACCCGCUCCCGGGGCUCUGCGCGGCGGCGGCGGAGAAGGGGAUGUGGGUGCACGUCGACGCGGCCUACGCGGGGAGCGCGUGCAUCUGCCCCGAGUUCCGGGGGUUCAUCGACGGCGUGGAGGGCGCCGACUCGUUCAGCCUCAACGCGCACAAGUGGUUCUUCACGACCCUCGACUGCUGCUGCCUCUGGGUGAAGCGCCCCGACGCGCUGGUCCGAGCGCUGUCGACCAACCCCGAGUACCUGCGCAACAAGGCCACGGAGUCCAGGAGCGUCGUCGACUACAAGGACUGGCAGAUCGCGCUGAGCCGCCGCUUCCGCGCGCUGAAGCUGUGGAUGGUGCUGCGCAGCUACGGCGUCGCCAACCUCCGCAACUUCCUGCGCGGCCACGUCCGGAUGGCCAAGGACUUCGAGGCCAUGGUCGCCGCCGACGCCCGCUUCGAAGUCGUCGUGCCCAGGUACUUCGCGAUGGUCUGCUUCCGCCUCCUCCUCCCCUCGCCCAACGCCGCCGGCGAUGAGACGGCGGCGAACGAGCUCAACCGGAGGCUGCUGGAGGCGGCGAACGCGUCGGGGAGGGUGUACAUGACGCACGCCGUCGUCGGAGGGGUCUACCUCAUACGCUUCGCCGUCGGCGCCACGCUGACGGAGGAGUGGCACGUGCGGGCGGCGUGGAAGGUUGUGGUGGAGCACGCGGAGGAGCUGCUCAAGGAGCUCUGCGUAUGAAUGAAUAUAUAUGAUGCGAUCCAUCCAACAAUUAAGCCACGUGCAUGCAUGCACGCAUUUCGCACACUUAUGAAUGAGCUUGGUAAAUAAUUUGUUGUUUUUCUUAUUAUUAAUUAGUUAUUAUUUGCGCAGGUAAUUUUGGGGUUGUGAUCACAUGUUGGUGGUUCGUUUGGGAGAGGGUGCAUGAGAGUUCCAGGUUUUGAGAUUUUUUCUUUUUUUUUUUCGAUUGUGUGUGCCAA